UUCUAAUGCGGCGAGGAAGGGAGGGGAGAAGCAUUUUCAAAUACAUAUACAUUUCAAUAUCGCUAUUGAAUAUAUGCUUGUAUAAUUUUCUUCAAAGGAAUUAUUUGUGCAUUUAUGGCGUGGAUAUUAAAUUCGUCUAUUUAUAUCAGUCUUAACACUUCCAGCUCGUCUAAAACGCAAGGAAAACGGCAGAAUAAAUCCUAGAAAGAAGAGAAGCGGCCUAUUUUUGUUCCUGAUAUCCUGGAGGCGCAGUUCACACUGUCGACCGGUGUAAUUUACAAAAAAACGGACGUUAAACUUGAGGCUCUUCGUUGCACGCGACCCGCAGUUACAUUGCAAGCAUGCAUGGCGACCCACUGGCACACUAACCCCACUUGUUUUGCGCGCAUUGGAAGACCUGGUACACACACAAAGCGGCCUGUUUUCUUUUUGCAGCACCAGCGCCAUGAAGAGCAGCGGACAAUAACAGAGUGACUGUGCUCGCGUCCAGUCCUUCGCAUAUGCGCGACUAAAAUAAUAAAUAAUCCACUGGAAUUGCAUUGCAAAUAAGGACUACUCAAAUACAGGAUCCGAUAGAAGAAGGAGAGAAUCAUCUUGGCUCCCUGUUUGAAUUUGGUGGUUAUUUUGGAGGCGCGGAGGGGUGAAGAGCGCCACCAGCGUGUUGUUGUUUUGAAUUUUAAAUCGAAACGGUAACACCAGUUGUGUUUUAUGGAGUAUCUCUGAGCGUAUUUUGCAAAUGCAUCGGUGAAUGGUUUUCGAAUUGGAUCGACGUGGGUGCUCUUUUAUCCGACGGUGAUGAUGAUUUGGGCGUAUUUCGUACCGUGGAAGAGGGGCAAACGUUAAGAUGGAGUGGUGUUAAUGAAUGCUCCUGAAUAAAGACGCAUUUUGCGUGCUUGUGCACCGACAGUUGAAUAUCUGAUUUAAUCUUCGCAUGCAUAAAGCACUCUCAGCGUUUCACGCUCGACUGAAUCACAAGCCCAGGUUCAUCAACACUGAUGAAACGUGGGCUGUUGGCGGGAUUGAAGCCUUGUACUGUCGCUCCUUUUCUGUUGUUGUUUUUUCCUCCCCGAAGUGGAUCUGUCUAGCGCGACACUGCUGAGAUGAACCCAGUGAAUGCGACCACUCUCUACGUGUCAGCUUGUCGGUCGGUGCUGCAGUGCGAUCCAGAGGACCCCCAGGCUUUGGCGGAAAUCUAUAAGCUCUUGCCUUUUUUCAGACAGUCUCUCUCCUGCCUUGUGUGUGGAAAUUUGCUACUAGAUCCAAUUGCUCCUACCAACUCAUCGUGCCAGCACUAUGUAUGUAAAUCUUGUAAAGGCAAAAAGAUGAUGAUGAAACCAUCGUGCAGCUGGUGUAAAGACUAUGAGCAGUUUGAAGAGAAUAAGCAGCUGUGCAUCUUGGUCGACUGCUACAGAAAGCUCUGCGAGUACAUUGCAGAGUCUCCUCUCUCCCAGCACAUUUCAAGUGCAGUGGAAGGGGCUCCAGAGAUACUGGCUCUAGUGAAUGAAGGCCUCUCUUUGGACAGUAGGCAGGGGGAGGAGUCACUCUCUCUGAGCUUGGCAAACCAGUCCCCUACACCCUCGACAUCAGAAACACUCCCUGAUGAGGGCCAGUCCCCUUUGAAUGAGAUCAAGGAACAAGACCUUAGUCCUCUAGGGGUAAAUGGACUACAAGACUGUAACGGUUUAACCAAUGUGGAGGAAUUGACUGCCAGCUUACCUUCACUAGAGACAGAUGUUCCAGACAGGGGCGAGAGUGGGGACGAGGUGGUGAAACAAGAAAGUUUCACAAAUGAGAUCCCUGUGUGUGAAGCCGUGGCCGCUGCUGGCGAGGAGCUAUGUACUACUACCAUGGACAUUUGUGGGUUCGGAGAGGAUAUUAAGCAUGAUGGCGGCACUCUCCUCUUGAGUGUAGAGGAGGUGCUCAGGACUCUAGAACCAGACCAUGUACCCCAGGAUGAAUGUCCUGUUGUCUUACAGUCAACCCUUGAACCUUCGGGAAACUUGAAUGGACCAUUUGGUUGUUCAACCACCUCUGUAGACUCAACUCGGCAGCUCUCCUCACUCCCACACGAUUCACAAGAAGUUCUCCUGCCCCAGUACCCAACAUCCCAGAAAAAUCCACAACCUUCAGGAAUAUCCUGUUCCGCGGUGACACCAAGAGUGCCGUCGUCCAGUCGGAAGCGCUCUCGGUCGGAAAGUGACAGUGAAAAAAUUCAACCCCUACCCAUUUCCACCUUCAUCCGGGGCCCUACGUUGGGCACCUCUGCCCCCAUUCCUGUCAAGUGUGAACCUAAAUCCCCAGCUCAGACUAUCCCCCUCAUGGCAGCAGUGCCCAAUGGUGGGGGCCUGUCGAAAGUAGGCAAGACCUUACUGGUGCCCGCUAAAAAUGUCAAAAAGACCCUUGACCACCAUGGACCCAAAAAGGCGUACACAAAGUCUAAACAGGGAACUCCCAAGACAAAGGACAAGACGAAAGAACGGAUUAUGAGUUCCACCCUUAUUCCAGGGAGCCCCACGAAAGUGGUUUAUAAAAAGGCACAGGAGAAAAAGGGCUGCAAGUGCGGCAGAGCGACUCAAAACCCAAGUGUUCUUACUUGCCGUGGACAGCGAUGCCCUUGUUACUCCAACCGCAAAGCUUGUCUGGACUGCAUAUGCAGGGGCUGCCAGAACUCCUACAUGGCCAAUGGUGAAAAGAAACUGGAGGCCUUUGCCGUGCCAGAGAAAGCCCUCGAGCAGACAAGACUCACUUUGGGCAUCAACGUCACCAGCAUCGCAGUGCGCAAUGCUGCUGGUAGUGGGGCAGCUGGGAUGCUUAAUGUCUCCACAGCUGCUGGCUCACCUGUGGCCUCCUUCUUGGCAACAGGACCACACGAAGACAAAGGAUUUGAUGAACCAUUAGACAUGAGGUUUGACUGAGCUCCGGAAGAUUCUUCUUAACCCCCCCCCCCCCCCCUUAUUUCAAAUCGACUUGUGUGUCAGUGUGGUGGCACUGUACCGAGGGGCUGAUGCCAGCAGAUUCAGUGAUAAGGCAGCUACCGUGAUUCUGUUCCAGUUCACUAAACUAUUUCAUUAAACUAUUCAUUAAACUAGUUAUUGCUGAAGCUCUUGCCUUUAAAUCAUUUGUACUACUAUUCUGGUUUUCUUGCACACCAUUGUAAGUUCAGGUGAGAGAUAAAACAGGAUACUGUUUUCAUUUGGUAAAGGUCAUCCUUUUUUACAUUGUUGUACAAGUGAUCUGUAAGGCAUGAUCUUUGGCAAAAUAUACUUGACCUCAUUGUUGUGGGUCACGCUAUGUGCAUAUAUGGAAGAUUUUCAGUUGGUAGGUUAGGAGAAGAGAUGUGUUAAAUGAAAUGGUACCCUACAGCAUCAGUAGAGACUGGGAGUAUUUAUAAAAAUGUUUUGUACACAGACUUAUGAAAUUCAAUUAAAAAGUACAUUUUAUGAUAUAUUUUUUAAGUUACAUUAACAACAUUUGCAGUAUUUAUUGGGUAUCACUUAACAUAGAUUAUGGUCCACCCAGGGCAUCAUCUGGACAUCAUUUCUACAGAUGUAAGUCACAAAUGCAGUAUGUACGGUUUUCUGUCUAAAUUAUGUUGUUGUCCUGAUUGUGCUAGUUUUGUUGUCUCAAACUGUUAUUUUUCCCUUGGGGCAUUUAAAUACCUGUAAUAUAAAUGUAACAUAUUUCCACAAAAAAGAAAAAUCCUAA